GAGGGGAUUGGAACACCCAAAUCACAUGAUAUGGAGGGGAUUGGAACACCUGAAUCACAUGAUUGGGAGGGGAUUGGAACACCUGAAUCACAUGAUAUGGAGGGGAUUGGAACACCUGAAUCACAUGAUAUGGAGGGGAUUGGAACACCUGAAUCACAUGAUAUGGAGGGGAUUGGAACACCUGAAUCACAUGAUUGGAGGUGAUUGGAACACCUGAAUCACAUGAUUGGAGGUGAUUGGAGCAUCUGAAUCACAUGAUUGGGAGGGGAUUGGAACACCUGAAUCACAUGAUUGGGAGGGGAUUGGAACACCUGAAUCACAUGAUUGGGAGGGGAUUGGAAACACCUGAAUCACAUGAUUGGGAGGGGAUUGGAGCACCUGAAUCACAUGAUUGGGAGGGGAUUGGAACACCUGAAUCACAUGAUUGGGAGGGCGGGGCCAAUACUUUUGGCAAUAUAGUGUGUAUCUGAAA